AGGGAGUCGCCACUGUGGCUCCUAUUCGAAGGCGACGGCGGUCGUCUGUAUUUCUGCUCUAAUCUCAUCUGAAAAGCUAAAUUACACCAAUUAGACAGUGAAUUUAAUUCACUUUCAUGUUUGGUUUAUUCCCAGUUCUUCUCAGUCGAGCUCUCGGCGGGGCCCUGGAAUGACGGCGUGUGCGGAGAAUUUGAAUUAGCUCGCAGUUAGUUUGAAGAAAGAGUGAGUUGGGGCAGAGACGUAGAGAGAAGCCAUUUUGUCCCGACUGUGUGGGAGAAAAGAGAGUGGAAAAGAGGAAUCACACGGGAGGAGAUACCAUUUUUUUGCCUUUUGUUCUCAUGUUGUAAGAGAAGAUACAGUUCGGGAUAUAUCAACUUCUUGGACACGUCUUUGGGUUCCUUAUUUGGGUGAUAUUUUAGCCUACUACUAGCUCGCCAAAGCUAAUCAACAAAUCCCAGAUUGUUAACUGUUAACAGCCAGGAGGGCUGGAGCGGGUUGGUCAAGUUGGCCACGGAGCUGGAAUUAGACUUCACGUAGCCGUGCUAGUUUUUCCUUUGUUUCUUUUUGUAUCUGGGUGAACACAUACUUAUUUUUCAAUGGCGAAAAAGACGUACGACUUGCUGUUCAAGCUGCUGCUGAUCGGCGACUCGGGUGUGGGGAAGACCUGCGUGCUGUUCCGCUUCUCUGACGACGCCUUCAACACAACCUUCAUCUCUACCAUAGGAAUAGACUUCAAGAUUAAAACUGUUGAAUUACAAGGAAAGAAGAUCAAACUACAGAUUUGGGACACAGCAGGCCAGGAACGGUUCCACACCAUCACCACCUCGUACUACAGAGGCGCUAUGGGCAUCAUGCUGGUCUAUGACAUCACUAACGCCAAGAGCUUCGAAAACAUCAGCAAAUGGCUGCGCAACAUUGAUGAGCAUGCAAAUGAAGAUGUUGAGAGAAUGCUGCUAGGCAACAAGUGUGACAUGGAGGACAAGAGGGUUGUACCGAAAGCCAAGGGAGAGCAGAUUGCAAGGGAGCAUGGCAUUAGGUUUUUUGAGACGAGCGCUAAGGCCAACAUCAACAUCGAGAAGGCUUUCCUCACGUUAGCAGAAGACAUCCUCAGAAAGACGCCUGUAAAAGAGCCCAACAGUGAAAAUGUGGACAUCAGCAGUGGAGGUGGAGUAACAGGCUGGAAGAGCAAGUGCUGCAGCUGAACAACAACAACUCAGUUUCACCCACACUAACGCGCACACACACACACACACACACACACACACACCUUCUCUCUCACACACACAAUCUCUCUAACUGCUAACUCUAACCGUCUCGCCCUCUUAACCUGUCUCAUGAGUUUUCUCUCACACCACCAUUUUGUCUCUUGAUCAGAAUAAAACAAUAAACCACUUCACUCGCCCCACCCACCCCGUUCUUCUCCACCUCAUGUUCCUCCACCGUGCAUCUGAUGAUCAUUUUUAUUUCUGAUAAAAGGAGAAAUACAGUCACGUUUCUUGUCAUUUGUUUUAAAUUAUCUCAUAUUUUUAAUAUUUCCUUUUUUUUUUUUUUUUUUUUGCCUGAGCUCCCUUCCUCCUGUCCCAUCGCCACUGCCCACCCACAGCUCUCACCUUCAGAGGAACUCAAAGUAAAACUAAACAAAAAGAAAAAAAAAAUCAGGCAAAAAAAAAAAAAAUUAUAAAAAAUGAAAAUAUAUAAAUAGGAAAAACAUUUUGUACACUUUAGUGGGCUUUCUGUCAUCUUACCGUAUUUGUUGAUUUACACUUCUUUACCAAGUGACAGAGGCGUGGCUAGCUCCUUUUGUAUGUGGGAGUUUAUUUUGUCCUGUGCCUUAUAUGGAAGACAGGGGCGGGGCUUUGUGGUGGGUGGAGCCACAUCUACCCAAUGAAAUUACAGCUCAAUAAUCUGUCAGUUACAAAGAAGCCGAACUGAAUCGAACUAAAGCGUUUGAAUUUCUCCUUCAGCCAAGAGAACGGCAUUAUAUAAUAUGUCCUGUUUAUUGAUAUUUUAUUUUUAUCUGUAUUGAUUAUUUUACUUUAUAUUUGAGUUUGUUUUUUCUUUCUAUUUUUUCCCCUAUUUUUCUUUUUUUUUGCAUGCAGGUUUCUUUGGGUUGGAGACGUUUCUGUAACAUUGUGUAACGUUUGCCACUGGGUAACUGUGGGCGGGAGGUACAUGAGUUCUCUUUGGAAAUUCAAACAGUUUUGCAGAUCCAUUAAAAAAAUAAGCUUGUUUAAGUAAA